UCUACCAGAAGACCUACAAGAAGGACUUCGAUGCUGCCGGCAUCUGGUACGAGCACCGCCUCAUCGACGACAUGGUGGCGCAGGGGCUCAAGUCGAGCGGUGGCUUCGUGUGGGCCUGCAAGAACUACGACGGCGACGUGCAGAGCGACGUGGUGGCCCAGGGCUACGGCUCUCUGGGUCUCAUGACGAGCGUCCUCAUGUGCCCUGACGGCAAGACCAUCGAGUCUGAGGCCGCCCACGGCACCGUCACCCGCCACUACCGCGAGCACCAGAAGGGCAACCCUACCUCCACCAACCCCAUCGCCUCCAUCUUCGCCUGGACCCGCGGUCUGGAGCACCGCGCCAAGCUCGACGACACUCCAGAUCUGGCCAGGUUCGCGCGUGCGCUGGAGGCGGCGUGCGUAGACACGGUCGACUCAGGCUCCAUGACCAAGGAUCUCGCGGGCUGCAUCCACGGCCUCAAGAACGUCAAGCCCGGCAUGUACCUCACCACCCAGGACUUCCUGGACGCCAUCAGGGACCAGCUGGCCCGCAAGAUGGCCUAGGGUACUUCCUGGACGCCAUCAGGGACCAGCUGGCCCUCAAGAUGGCCUAGGGGACUUCCUGGACACCAUCAGGGAACAGCUGGCCCGCAAGAUGGCCUAGGAGACUUCCUGGACUCCAUCAGGGACCAGCUGGCCCGCAAGAUGGCCUGAGGUUCCUCCAUUGUAACGCUGGAGUAUCCGUAGGUUAUGUAGGGAAAUGUUCUUGGAAAUUAGGUAUUUAUUUAGGAUAGUUUGCUAUGAUAGAACGCGAAAACUAGUGUACAUUCUUAGCUCGCUUCACACCAAACGUUCAUCGCUUGAGACGGGUUGUUGCUUUGGGCUAGUUUUCUGUGUAAUUUUAUUUAUUUAAAUAUCUGACGCUUGCAAGUAUCCGAGUGGAAGAGAUGAAGUUUAACGCGCGCUCUCAGAUUAGUAUAGUGACUAGACUCGUAUUAUUUGCGAUGCAAAUUAAAGUUUUAAUUAAUGGCGGUGUUUGUG